UGAAAACGGGCGACUCCCGGAGGCAGUUAUCUUAUUUGUUUACGUAUUUCCCCGUGUUGGACGAUGACGUGAACUUACAGUCUGCCUGUGACAAAAAUUGGGGAAAUUUCUUGACUUUCUGAACUGCGCAAAUUAUUGUUUAUUUUAACUUACAUUUCGAAUGUUGUGUUAGGAUCCUAAUCUAAAUUGACGAUAAUCAUUGAGGAUACAGCUUCGUUCUUUGUAUUGUUUUGUGGAUUUCGGUGCGAUUUACAACACCUUUGUCGCUGCGGGACUGGUCGUACUGUUGUUCGGAAGGGUCGACACUUGACAGCUUUCUGCCUAGUGCUCUUUUUCUGGCUGUUUUUUUGGUACUAAACUGGACAUUGGACCAUCCGUAGUGCUAAUGACAUUAUGGCCACCGGAAUCAUAAAAAAGCAGCUUCUGAAAGUGUUGUCCAGAUUUACAAAAAAUGUUGACCCGGAUAAGGUGCAGUUCUCAUCCCUUUCUCAAGCGUCGCUAUCGGAUUUAGUUCUUAACGAAACGGUCCUCACUGACAUUUUGGACUUCCCGGUGUGGAUGAAAAUCAGCCGAGUAGUAUGCAACCGAGUGACAAUCCAAAUACCAUGGACGAAUUUGUCAUCUCAACCGAUUCGCAUCGCUUUAGACGAAGUUUACGUAGAUAUGGAAACAUGCAAAGAAUUUCGGAAGCCUUCCGAUGCUCCCACAGUAGCUACUUCGGGAUAUGGGAGAACGGAAAUGGCUAUGGAUGGCAUGCUCAUCACUGUCAACAUGAUCGAAAUGCAUUUCCGCGCGCCCAGUUUUCACAUGUCUUUCCAGAUCAAUAGGGUGAAGUGCUUCAGCACAACGUCAAAUUACGACGGCACAAAUGAUCUCCGGAUGACCAGAAUCAAAGACGAAGCCAAAGAUGCAAUAAUGGUUUUUAAGUGUAUCGCAUGGCAGACGCUUCGAGUAGAAGCCUCUUCGGGACCGGAAACUCAAGGAUUAAAUUCUUCAUCGAUUCGUUUUAUUACUAACGGUGGUCAGGCCAGAAUAGCUUUGAAAAAGAGCUUAUCGUCUUGUGCUCUGCUGGCAUCGAGAUUGCAAAUUAUUAUGGAUGACCUCCUGUGGGUUUUGACGCCUACCCAACUGAAGGCGGCAUUGCUGGUGUUGGAACAGAUUAAAGAUUUAGCAAAGCAGGCCGAGCUGCAGGAACGUGAUAAGAAGGCUGCCAAGAAGCUUGAUAGUUCUUUGGAUUUUAAUCGAAACUCGAAAAAAGUUCCGAUAAAUCCUAAUACUCCAGCUGGGAAAAUGUCACAGUAUUUCGAUAAGAUUGAUAUCCGCGAGACAUCCUACCAUUUCCACCUGGGAAAGCUGAACAUGCAUAUUUGUGAUGAACCACAAAGAAGCGACGCUGCACCUCCUAGAAAAUAUGAUGAUGCUGCCAUUUUAGUCGAAUUAACGAUGUUGAAAGUCGAUCAUUAUCCAUUUCAUAUUCCGAGUAUUGCUCGACGUCACUGGUUGACUUAUCAGGAACCGACAGUCCAGUAUUUGGAUUGGCAGAAGGAUAUUUUGGGAGAUUAUGUCAGGAAAAUAGAACUUUCGGUUCCGGAGUUGCCGGUGAAUCCAUUUAAAAUCAUGAUGAAUGCUUGCUGGGUAUUUCGUUUGGAGGAUUUCCGUAUUAACAACAUGACGACAUUCCAGUCACAAAAAUCCAGGGAAAAUGAUAUCAUUAAUCUGUUUCCGUUCUGUUGCUCCACAAAGAAGCUGCUACAUUUGCCAAAACAAUGCGCAGCAUUACAUGCUGAAUAUAUCGUUCAUUACUUUCCGCAGGCGAUGCCUUGUCCUCCUCCACCGCACAUUAUGUCUGUUUACUGCAAUCCCCUGCAGGUGACACUCGAUCCAUCAACGUUGGAUUGGUUUUCACUAAUCUGCUCGGAGCUGAUAUUUAAAGAUUUAUCCCCGGGAACGAAAUUAUCUGCUGACAUGGUUCCUGAUGUGGCUUGUCGAUUCGAGACACUAUUACCAAAGAUUAUUUCUCCGGGGUCUCCUUUACAUGCUUCGCAUCCGUUUACGAAAUGUCUGCAGCUGCAGAGUGGUCGCGUUAUUAUGACGAACACCGAUAUAGGACGUACGAGAUCUCUUUCAGAUAGCCUGUCUUCCAUCGACAAGUACAACAGUGGCUUAGUCGACGACCGAUCCUUUCCUAAUUACAAUGGUGAUCCGGAUGUAUGUUUGUUUCUGGAUUUGGCUAAAAAUCUAGCGCAAAACCCACCUCUGCCGUACUCUGUCUGGUCUGCGACGACUGAUCCAAUGUGGAUUGAAUUUAUCGAUUUGAAAUCUCCCAAAUUACGUCCGAUUCCUUUUCUGGAUGCCAUUCCUGUUACAGUAUGGAUGAUUCCGUUGUUAUUCGCAUCGGAUCAAAUAACGCCUACGGCAGUGCUGAUGCUGGUCGAUAUUUUCACCCCAAUUAUUAAAGCUCAAACCACAGCUGAAGGAUAUAACACGAUUAUGCAUUGUAAUGAAACAGCAAUGAAGGUCUCUGAAUCCAUUGUCAAAAUGUUGGCUCGUGAUACCGUAGCCACCGAAUCUUCCGCGCUGGUAUUCCAGUCUGUCGCAAUCCUUCCCAAAAUAGAAUUUACGUUGUUAUUGGGUGCCAGCCAAUCGCCUUCCGAGUCAUUGGACAGGAUUUCUGGGGACGGUCCGAUACAGGAGAAAACGCCGGAGCCGCUACCGGCAGUUGCCCAGACUGCGGAUAAAGCUUUUGACCUAGGUUCAUUUGGGGAGAAUGAUAUGGGGCAAAAUUUGGGAUCAAGCGAAAAUUUAUUCUUGAAAGAUGGCGAUUUUGAUGCACGAUCGAUGCACUCGGUCGUCAGUGAGGCCAGUAUAGCGGACAUGAGCAGUUUCACCUUCGAUGACCACUUACUGAUCCCAUCUGACAGUGAAGUCUCGGCGCCUGUAAUUCCUGACAAUUCGGCGCUGAGUCGUGGGAAUUUGGAUUUGAUUUCCCCGACGAACAGAGCGGUUGUUCACCUCUUGGUUGUUGAAAUCGAGAAAUCAGAACUGACCUUGGCGAACUGGAAAGAAUUUUUUGUUACGAAGCUGCGUCUUCUCCGAAUUGGUACCAAAGAAAGCGGCGAUAUGGAUUUGGAGGGCGCGAAUGAGCGCUUUUAUUCAAAAAAUUCAGCAGAAGAGGAAAUGAGCUUAGAUACUCCCCCCACUGUUUCCUCGUCCGUCGUCGGGCGAUUCCAAAUUGAGCAGUUACCAAAUGGGGAAGUGGAGCGCGAAGCUACGGUGCACUGUCAAGAUUUGUCUUUCAGUAUAUCUUCCGAUGCCGCAUCGCAAAUCGGAUCAUUUUUUGUGACGGACGUGGUUGGUGAUCCUUUACCCUUGUUGUUACGACUCCAGAAUUUCACCGUUGCGCUUACUGAAAAGAUACCUCGGGAUGUUCCUUCACCUCCUUUUACACUGAAAAUACCUUUGCUGUUUUGUCAAAGAAGUCAGGACGGGAUAUUUGUGGUCGAACCAACAAAAAUAGACAAUAAUGACCAAGCUAAGGAAAAUGGAGUUGUGAACGAAUCUACCUCUUCAAUACAAGGAAGACUGUUCCGAUUGGAAAAGGAACGGAAGGCUAUUGAAGAAGAAAUAAAAUCUGUAGAGAUACUGCUGCAACAGAAUCAAGAGUCUAAAUAAUGCAAAUAUGUCUGUGAUAGCCAAUGCCCGGAGUAUUGUAUAAAUUUUUUUGACAUUUGUUUCGUUGGUGUACUAAUAAUGACGUGUGAUUGCAGGUUUUUCACAGCCUUUUCUUCCAUGAUAUAAUUAUCGCUAAAGAAAACAUGCACCUUACUGCUGUUGAAUGUUCUCUGUCAGUUCGUAAAAUGAUUAUCCGGAACAGCAUCCGUUAAUGAAUCACAAAUAAAAUAAUCAA